AUGAGUCAAGUACGAUUGCUAAAUCCACCCUCAUCACCCUCUUCAAUGUCGAGAGGAAAUCAUCAAGUACAUAAUACAAGUGGAUCGGGCAUUGAUGGCUCUGUUCCACCUUUUGAUGAAGAGGAGUUACAAAUGUUGUAUACAUGGGUGGAUGAAAUACCUCUGAGUCGACCAAAAAAGAAUAUUGCUCGAGAUUUUAGCGAUGGAGUAUUAAUGGCGGAAGUGGUAAAGCAUUUCUUUCCGAAGUUGGUGGAUCUUCAUAAUUAUGUAUCGACUAGUAGUUCAAAGCAAAAAGGAUAUAAUUGGCAAACCUUGGACCAAAAGGUUUUUCAAAAAAUUGGUUUUAUUGUAGAUCCUAGAGAAUUUGACGACAUGGUAAAAUGUAAACCCUUUGCUGCUGAACGAAUGUUAAAGAAUUUUCAAAUCAAAGUUUCACAAAUUCAACAGCGAAAACUGGCUCAACAACAAGGAUCUAGGGCCUCAAACGGACUAGGUACUCACAACCAUUCUGGAGAGAAUACAAACACUCAACAGCCGACAUCAAACUCGAAAACAAGGAGACCCGCUUCUGCCUCAUCGGCUCGUACUCAACGAGCGACACAAAGAGAUUACGGUGAUGAUCAGAUGAUGGAUGCAGUUUCCAAUCAAAAGGCUCUGUUCAACCAGUUCCAAACAAAAUGA